GAUGCGCGAUGUGCUUAAUCGGGCUUACGGCUGCGAACCCACAAAACGAAGCAAGUCAUCCUUCAGUUACCGACUUCAUCAGAGAGAGAGAGAGUACUGUGGUUCCAGACAGUUCGAAUCGGCAAGCGAGUCGACUCAGUGUCGUAAGCGAAGCGAAGAUGGCAAGCGAGCCAACCCGGAUAAUGCUGGCAGUGAACGAGUCGACCAUCAAGGGCUACCCGCACCCCUCCAUCAGCAGCAGGAAGGCGUUCGAGUGGACGCUCCAGAAGAUCGUGCGCUCCAACACCAGUGGUUUCAAGCUCCAGUUCCUGCACGUCCAAGUCCCCGAUGAAGACGGUUUUGAUGACAUGGACAGUGUCUAUGCAUCGCCGGAGGAUUUUAAAAACAUGAAGGACAGAGACCGCGCCAGAGGGCUUCAUCUGCUGGAGUUCUUUGUUGACAGAUGUCAUGCAAUUGGGGUUGCUUGUGAAGCAUGGAUCAAAAGAGGGGACGCCAAGGAAGUAAUCUGCCGUGAGGUGAGGCGUGUCCAGCCAGACUUUCUGGUGGUGGGCUGUCGGGGGCUUGGACCUUUCCAGAGGGUUUUUGUUGGGACUGUGAGCGAGUUCUGUGUGAAGCACGCUGAGUGCCCCGUCAUCACAAUCAAGCGCAGUGCAGAGGAAACACCCCAGGAUCCUGUCGAUGACUGAGCAUCACCGGAAUGUGUAUUCUCUGUUUCCUUAUUCCGUCAAUACACUCUUCGGACACCAGACACUUGUACCUAAAUACCAACUGGGAACAAAUUAAAUGUGUUGCUUCUGUCGUGUGAAUUUAAAUUCUUCCAAAUCAUACGCAGAGGGAAUUACGCUAAUAUGUACGAUGAAACUUGAGUAGUAGUUCGUGUUGUACCGCAAUCAGUUUGGGCGCUCGUUUUCGAGCUAUCAUGUUCAUCGUCUAGUAUUCGGCUUAA